GUUGAGUAAAAAAAUCGGUCAAUCACUGCAAUGCCUGAAACCGUCCUCACCGAGUAUUCCUCACUCAGCGGGUUCCUCUCUCGCACCGAGAAUGACCCCCGGCCGGUCGUUGCGAUGACUUGCGGCGUUGCAGGCUCUGGAAAGUCGACCGUUUCUAAAUGGAUCACAUCUAAUCACCAAUCCUUCAAACGUCUGUCAAUUGAUGCGUAUAUCUACACCAAGUACGGUCUUUAUGGCGUCGACUAUCCCAAGGACAAGUACAACGACUUGCAGGAAGAGGCCGAGCCUGCCCUGCGAACCGAACUGGUGCAGCUGCUUCAUCAAGGCUCCCAUGACAUCAUACUUGACCUCUCCCUUGCAUUCCAAGCGACUCGCGAUACGUGGAAGGCGCUGGUCGAGGGUGCAGGAGGCCGGUGGGUACUUAUGUUCAUCGAAGUCGACCCGGACGAGCUGCGGCGGCGAGUCAGAGCAAGGAACCAUCUGACUGUUAAAGACGGUGAUUCGGCGUACUUUGUGACAGAACAGGUUCUAGAAAGCUUCAUUGCAGGCUUCGAGAGGCCGACUGGGGAGGGCGAGCUGGUUUUACGACUGGAAAAUAGGGCUGUUUAAAGCUGCCAGGCCCUCGCGCUUUACGACCAUUGUAUGAUAGACGCAGAUGCCCUC